GUGAGAUGGAGUUCUUCUGCAUUAUUGCAGUCAGCAGUUUGCGCCUCACCUCAUUUCUAUUCACUCAUCCUCCCUCGUUCCACUCCUCCAUCACUGUCAGGCUGUUAAGAAAGUGUCAGGACAAGGGGAGCGUGUGUAGGGGAGCCCCACUGGCAUUUCCUCACCAGAACUGGUGAACGUCUUCAGAGGAGAACCUCCAGAUGAGGCGAGACAAAGGCGAGCGGUGAGGCUCAACAGGAAGGUUAGACAGGCCUGAAGAACAUCUCAUUAAAGACCUGGACAGGAACCGCUGAGUCAUUCAGAAGAGCUCCAGACAUAACUUCGAACCCUCUUCACAUCUCCCUGACAGAGCUCCGACGCACCAAAAUGAGGUGUGUGUGGGCAGCAGGCGUUCAAGACAGAGCCACGUAAUGUGACGGUCAGGGCGGGGGUCACAGCUCUGCUGAAGUGUGAAGUGCUGAGGGCCUCAGGGGCCAUGCCGUGGGUUAAAGAUGGGCUGCUCCUGGGACCUCAGAGAUCGCUGCCUGGCUACCCACGCUACAGCAUGACAGGAGAUGAACAGAAAGGCCAGUACCAUCUUCAAAUUCUCAACGUGAGUUUGGAAGACGACGGCCCCUACGAGUGCCAAGUGGGCCGCUCCGUGAGCAGCCGUGCCAUCGUGUCCCGAACAGCCUGGCUCAAUGUGCAGAUCCCGCCCUCACAGCCGUACAUCCAGCUGGAGUCUGAUGAGCCGUGGGUGGAGGGAAACAAAUACACGGUGACCUGCAUCGCUCCAGAUGCAAAACCUCCUGCAGAAAUCACCAUGUUCAGAGAUGGAGAGGAGCUGACUGAAACCGAUUCUUUCACAAUGCCAGGCUCACAGGAUAAACUUCUGAACAUUCAUGCUGAAGUCGUGUAUGUCUGUGUGCGAACAAUGAAGAAUGGAGAAGUCCUGUCCACUAGCCGGGAAGAGGACGUUGUGUCACGUCGGUCCAGUAGUGUGUUGAAAAUGGAGGUGAUGCCAGAGGACAAUCAUGCUGUGCUGCGGUGCGAAAGCGUUAACCAAGCGUCACGUUCACCAAUUUCCCUUACUCGCACUGUCAUCCUCCUUCGGGAUAAUAGUGGGAGGAUGUCAGUGUCUAACCGUAUGCAUAAAGUGUCACAUGAAGAGACGUACGUCUUUUCUGACUUGUGAAGGCAACCACUUCUCUAGGGUUCGUGCUGAAGAGCUCACUGUUUACUAUCCGGCAGUGAGUGUGAAAAUCGUGGCCAAGCAGCUGGUGUGUACAGGGGUCAGACGCUGGAUCUGGACUGCCUGGCUGGAAGCAGCAAUCCCAUGGCAAAUAUCAGCUGGAGUUUGGGCACCGUCGUGUACUAAAACACUCCAUUACACAUCAUAACACUCAUGCGCAAAUACACACACAGCCACAGCUAAUACUGUAUUACAUAGUCCAGCACUCCUAAGGGGAUUUUGCCAUCCGGCCGAUCCAUUCACAUCAACAGACUGAAGAGAAUUGCCCCUUGGUUCACAAAACACAGGCAAAUACAUGUUCAUUUCAGGUGUAUUUGGCUCCAAACUGACCCAGGUUCUUUUUAAUGCUGAGAAGUGUGCACUAAUUGAUGAUUUCUGAUGUGUAUCUGUGCAAAAAAAAAACAAAAAAAGAAACCUGAAUUUGUGCAGGAAGUUUCAAUAAAAGCUCUUUGGAGAGGCAAGAAAUUGUGAAAUGUUUGCAAAGACUGAUGGGAAGUUUGGCAGUCGUUCCUGGGAAUUUUUUUUUAAUGUCUCUAUUAGGUUUCGACUGGCAGGCGGUUAUCACUAAGUCAUUACCUUGUUAGAGUCUGUCUCUAGCGCUGUCGAUACGUGGCCAGUUUAAGGAAAAAAAUCUUUGAAGAUAUUGUGAGUAGAUCAGUCGUAGUUUUUUACCAGCUAAGCCAAACGUUAUGGCUCAGCUUUUAUUUCUAAAGAAAUUCAGCUAUAAAACUAUAGCGUUUGUGAGCAGAGGAGUGGUCUGCUUAGAGUUUUAUAGGUUUUCAGUUUUGUUGGAUGGUCCCUGCGGAGCCGUAACGCAUGUCGGGCAAACAAAAAGAUUUCACAGCAGGUGAACGCUGUUACUGUGAAGGCCUUUAUCGAAUAUUCAUAGUCUAUUUUUGCGAUGUUAUUCCAAGGGGAGUUUUUUGAAAUUGUUCUUCUUUUAUAAAACAUCCAUGUGAAAUAACAUUAUAUAUUGUCUCACGUCUUUUAUGAGGCUUGAUUUUUCUCUUAAUCAAGUUAAUCUAUAUUAUUGAACGUAAGCCAUUUAAUUGAUCAUAAGCCUUUGCACUAUUUCUUUCUUUCUUUCUUUCUUUCUUUCUUUCUUUCCAUUAAUUGCUUGCUAGUUUAUGUUAUUUUUCACUAGUGUGUAAUUUUUAAACAUUCAUUGAUAGUAUUGUUAUCAUGGGUUUGGUUGCUGUAGCUUUCUGGUAUGAAGAUGUACUGUUAUUUUGUUCUGGAAAGUAUUCUGAUAUAUGUUUGAAUGAGUCUAUACCUCCUAAUGUGUAUAGCGAGUGUGUGGUGUGAUGUGUGUUUUUCUCUGUGUGUUUGUGUGUCUUUAUGUCUGCAAUGAUUAUGGUUUGACUUUGAUGUUGUUUUGUCUGAUCCAGCCAGCCACCUCUUCAAAGCCUGACACGCUUUGUGAGCAUGACGGAAUGUCACUGUGUAUGUGUGUGUGUGUUUGCGCACACUCUUUGUCUGUUUCCAAACCUCAACAGUUUGUGAUUUAAAUAUCUUGUCUGUGUAAGAACAGACCAUUAAUUAUCACUCUGCCUGCUUUAUUGUCUUAUAUUAAGAUUAUAAUACAUCUUUCACUUUCAUAGUGUGUGUGAGUGUAUUUGAGCUUGUGUUUGUGUGUCUGCUUGUAGAUGUACGCAAAUCGUUUGUGUUAAAAUCUGCAUUUGAAUCCUCAUUCGCUCUGAAAUGACACAAUGUACAUUAAUGAGACAAAGACACAGAAGCCCCCCAGAGAGAUCAACAGCACAAUAAAUCAUACGCCUUAUUCACAACAGACCAGUGCCGCGCCAGACGUUAGAGGGGAAAACGACUCAAAAUCUGCUGCUUUCUUAAAUCAAUUCUUAUAAAUAUGAUGCAAAAUUAACUUUUUGCCAACAUGUUACUAGUUGUAAAUAGUGAAUUUCAGAACAUACACAGUAUGUGUGUGUGUGUGUGUG